CGGUGUUUGAAAAGCGGACAACCCCUGACAACGUCUCUGAAAAACCUUUUUUCCUUAACUACUCUUUCACUCCUCUCUGGCUUCGGCUGUUCAUGGCGAUCGCAGCUGCAGCUGUUGUCGUUCCUUUGGGUGUCCUUUUUCUUUUCUCUGGCAUCGUCGUUAAUAUCAUUCAGGCAGUAUGCUUCAUUCUUGUUCGUCCGCUGUCGAAGAAUAUGUACAGAAGGAUCAACAGAGUGGUGGCAGAGUUGCUGUGGCUUGAGCUUGUGUGGCUCAUUGAUUGGUGGGCAGGAGUUAAGGUCCAACUGUACACAGAUUCUGAAACUUUCCAAUCAAUGGGAAAGGAGCAUGCUCUUCUCAUAUCCAAUCACAGAAGUGACAUUGACUGGCUUGUUGGAUGGGUUUUAGCUCAGCGUUCAGGUUGCCUUGGUAGCACUCUAGCCGUCAUGAAGAAAUCAUCAAAGUUUCUUCCGGUUAUAGGCUGGUCAAUGUGGUUCUCUGAAUAUGUUUUUCUGGAAAGAAGUUGGGCAAAGGAUGAAAGCACAUUGAAGGCAGGACUUGGACGAUUGAAGGACUUUCCUCGGCCCUUUUGGUUGGCUCUUUUUGUAGAGGGAACUCGCUACACUAGGGCAAAGCUUUUAGCAGCUCAAGAAUAUGCAACUUCAACAGGGCUGCCUGUUCCUAGAAAUGUUUUGAUUCCACGCACUAAGGGUUUUGUUUCUGCUGUAAGUAAUAUGCGGUCAUUUGUUCCAGCAAUUUAUGAUGUAACUGUUGCUAUUCCUAAAAAUCAACCUUCCCCUACUAUGCUGAGAAUCUUUAAAGGGCAGCCUUCUGUGGUUCAUGUGCACAUCAAGCGACACUUGAUGAAGGAAUUGCCGGACACUGAUGAUGGUGUUGCUCAAUGGUGUAGAAGUGCAUUUGUGGUCAAGGAUGCUCUAUUGGACAAACAUUUGGUUGAGGGUACGUUUGGUGACCAAGAAUUUCAGGAUACUGGUCGACCAAAAAAGUCUUUGUUGGUUGUUAUCUCUUGGUCAUGUCUCCUUGUAUUUGUGGCUUUCAAAUUCUGUAAAUGGUCUUCACUCCUAUCAUCAUGGAAAGGAAUUGCAUUCUCAGCAGCAGGCUUGUCCCUUGUUACAAUCUUAAUGCAUAUCUUUAUUCUGUUCUCUCAGUCUGAGCGUUCCACCCCUGCGAAGAUAGCUCCUGCACGACCUAAAAGUGGGGGAGAAUCAUCUGUGACAAGCCGAGACAAGCAGCAGUAAUUGGCUGCUGCUUGGGGAAUAACGGGAAGUGCUAUUUAUCCUGUUGUCCCAUUAUUAUUUCAUAUAUAGAUUUCAAGAAAUACCAAAAUGAUACAUAAAGCCCUGUGUGCAUUGUUUGCCUCGUUGCUGAUCCUUUUAUCUUCUUUUUACCUGUUUGUAUGUCAUUGGCUAUAAGUGUUUUAGAGGUUUUGUAUCAAAUACAGUUUGUAUGCAAAUCAUUUUAUUUAUCCGUUUAUUUAAAGUAAAAGAAUAUUUUACCGAGA